GUAAACCCUAACACCUAACAUCAAAUUCAUAGAACCUAGAUCAUGAUAUCUUCUCAAUCUCACCAUCCCGACAACUCCAAAUCCUUAAAUUUCUCCUCUUUCUCUUCUCGCUUUCUCAUUCUCCUUCUAUCUUUCAUUUUCUCCUAAAUAACCCUAAAAUAUCUAGGUUUGGAGAACCCAAAAACCCAGAUAUGGGUUUUCUGAACAAAGAACAUUCGAUUGGAUAAUGGGCGGAGGUGGUUUUGAUGGGCCAACCAAAAUAACAAGAAAUAGUCAUUGAAGAAAGGGAAGAUGAUUGGAGAUGAGAGAGAAGUGAUAGAUCAAAUCCAUGGGAAGGGAUGUGAUAUCGAAAGCAUUGAAAUUGGUUGGCUUUUCUUGAUGGGGUUAGUGAGUUUUUCCAUUGAACCCAGGCACGUUGGGUUUGAAGGAACCUAGUGCUUACUGGGUUCGAUCGAACCCAAUGGCUAGAAGAACCCCUGUUGGGUUUGAUUGAUGUACCCCUACUGGGUUCGAUUGAAGAAUGCUGGUUUCGAUUAAAGAAUGCUAGGUUCG